GACGGUAACACAUACGGUACUGGGCCUUCUUCCUGGGAGGAAAUGAACGGACAAGGCAACGGCAGAGUGGAGCGGCCAGCGGAGGGCUUACCGUUCAACGGGAAGUCCAACUGGCUUCCUCGCGGUCUCCGCCGGCUGCUGCCUGCUGGCUUCACGAGUGAAGUGAAAGAACAGUGUGUGCUGGCCGGACCGGUGUUCCUGUCCCAAAUUAUGGUGUUCCUCGUGAAUAUUGUAAGCUCUAUUUUCUGUGGACAUCUGGGAAAGAUUGAGUUGGACUCUGUGGUACUUGCUAUUGCUGUCAUCAAUGUUACAGGAAUAUCUAUUGGUUCAGGCUUGUCGAAUGCAUGCGACACACUCAUUUCUCAGACGUAUGGUGGUAAAAAUAUGAAACGCAUUGGAAUUAUCUUACAGAGGGGGAUUCUGAUCCUGUUACUGUGCUGCUUACCUUGCUGGUCCAUCUUCAUUAACACUGAACACAUCUUGCUGCUCUUCAGACAGAAUCCGGAUGUUGCCAGGCUGGCACAGACAUACGUAAUGAUUUUUAUUCCAGCUCUGCCAGGUGUAUUUCUUUACCAGUUGCAGACGCGGUACUUACAAAAUCAGGGUAUAAUUUGGCCUCAAGUUUUUACUGGAGCUGUUGUAAAUAUUUUUAAUGCUGCUGUCAAUGCUGUCUUGCUCUAUGCCUUUAAUCUCGGAGUUGUGGGCUCAGCUUGGGCAAAUACAAUUUCUCAGAUUUCAAUGUGUUCCCUGCUUUUCAUCUAUAUAUAUGUGAGAAAACUGCACGUGGGUACUUGGGGAGGGUGGUCUAGAGAUUGCCUGCAGGAGUGGGGAUCCUUUAUCCGUCUAGCCAUUCCCAGCAUGCUCAUGGUCUGUAUAGAAUGGUGGAGCUUCGAAUUGGGAGGCUUCUUGGCAGGUCUUAUAAGUGUGGUGGAACUUGGAGCACAGGCAAUAAUGCUGGAGUUGGCAACAGCAGCUUACAUGAUACCUGUUGGUUUCUCAGUUGCUGCCAGUGUCAGGGUAGGAAAUGCUUUAGGUGCUGGAGAUAUCAGCCAAGCCAAACUCUCUACUAAAGUCUCUCUUAUAUGCACAGUGCUUUUGGCAUUGGUAACUGGUGUUUUAGUGGCCGGAUUGAAAGAUCACGUUGCCUACAUUUUUACCUCAGACAGUGAAAUUGUCCUACUGGUUUCACGUCUUUUGCUUAUCUUUGCACCAUUUCAUGCGCUUGAUGCGAUUGCUUGUACCUGUGGGGGAGUGUUGCGGGGAACUGGAAAGCAAACGAUUGGUGCCAUUUUGAAUGCAGUUGGAUAUUACGUCAUUGGUUUACCAGUAGGAAUAUCCCUGAUGUUUGCUCUGAAACUUGGAGUAGUGGGUUUGUGGUCUGGAAUGAUUAUUUGUGUCUUCCUACAAGCCACCUUUUUUGCUACAUUCGUUUUACGACUGAAUUGGAACAAGGCUUGUGAAGAGGCUCAGGUUCGAGCAGGAGUCAAACAAGACAGGAAGGAUGUUAACCCCAUAACUUUGCAGCCAGAGAGUCCCAGUGCUGAUGUGGCUAACAAUGGAGAAAUGCAGACUUCAUAUCGUGUACAGGAUCAAGAUUUUACUGGAUAUAUAAUCUUGCCAGAUGUUGGUGCUGUUGAUAGACACACAGACCAGUUGGUUAAGGAAGAUGAUUUAUUUGCUGAAACUACUAAUGUCGUAGGAGAAGUCCUCUCAGUAAAGAAGCUGAUUAUUUGGCGUGGGCUGGCAGUGAUUUCUGCCGUGGCUACUCUUAUUAUUGGAGUAAUAGUUAAACUGCUGGCUGGAAAUGGGUAGAUCACUCCUCUUCAUAUUUCAGAGCUUGUUAAAAAAAAAACUAUUGUACUCUGUGCAGGGCAACAUCAUAUGUAUGGUGAUCUCAUUACAGAAGAGCAGCUAGUUAUUCAGUAUGUAUCAAGGAGUCUUAUCUUUGUUAAGAGUAGGCAGAAAA